CUCUUUUCAGUAGAAGAAAACCACUUUGGGAGCAUCACUGUGGAUCAUCCACAAUGAUUUCUCCGGUGCUCAUCUUGCUGUCAAGUUUUCUUUGCCAUGUUGCUAUUGCAGGAAGGACCUGUCCCAAACCAGAUGAUUUACCAUUUUCUAUAGUUGUUCCAUUAAAAAUGUCCUAUGAGCCAGGGGAGCAGGUAACGUACACCUGCAAGCCGGGCUAUGUGUCCCGGGGAGGGAUGAGACGGCUCACCUGCCCUCUCUCAGGAAUGUGGCCUAUCAAUACUCUGAGAUGCACACCCAGAGUGUGUCCCUUUGCUGGAAUCAUAAGAAAUGGAGUUGUGCGCUAUACAACUUUUGAAUAUCCCAACACCAUCAACUUUACUUGUAACCUGGGGUUUUAUUUGAAUGGAACCAGUUCUUCUCAAUGCAACGAGCAAGGAAUUUGGAGCCCAGCACUCCCUGUCUGUGCUCCCGUAACCUGCCCUCCGCCACCUGUACCUAAGUUUGCAGUACUUAAAGUGUAUAAGCCAUCAACUGGGAACAGCUCCCUCUUUCAGGACACAGCAGUCUUUGAAUGCUUGCCACACUAUGCCAUGUUUGGAAAUGAUACAAUUUCCUGCACAACACAUGGAAAUUGGACUGAAUUGCCAAAAUGCAGGGAAGUAAAAUGUCCAUUCCCAUCAAGACCAGACAAUGGCUUUGUGAAUUAUCCUGCAAAUCCAGCACUUUAUUACAAAGAUAAAGCCAACUAUGGUUGCCAUGACACCUUCUCCCUGGAUGGCCCAGCCGAAGUUGAAUGCACCAAACUGGGAAACUGGUCUGCACAGCCAAGCUGUAAAGCAUCUUGUAAAUUAUCUGUUAAAAAAGCCACUGUGCUAUUUGAAGGAGAAAGAGUGAAGAUUCAGGAAAAAUUCAAGAAUGGGAUGCUGCAUGGCCAAACAAUUUCUUUCUACUGCAAAAAUAAGGAAAAGAAGUGUAGCUAUACAGAGGAUGCUCGGUGCAAUGAUGGCACCAUUGAAAUCCCCAAAUGCUUCAAGGAACACAGUUCUUUCGCUUUCUGGAAAACAGAUGCUUCGGAGGUAAAGCCGUGUGAGGACGAUUUACCAAGUCAAAGCUGAAUGCCUUACUGGUAUCUGUGUUUGUCUGAGGAACUUAAUAAAAAAAUAAAGUUACUGAGUAUAUUGC